CGGGCGGGGUGGAUUGCCUGCGAUUCUACGAAGCACAAUACUCCUGGAUCUCGUUAUUACUGUAAAAGUGUGCGCACCCUAGCGGAUAUUACCGUCGACUCUGGUUGGUCCAAUAUGCAACCAUAUGGCACAUUUUAACCAAUUUGAAACCAACUGAAUUCGACCGUGCGCAAGCUUUUUAAUUCAUUGGCUUACAAACGCUUCUGCAGAAUUUGGAGAGUGAAGUGGUAUCAGCCGUUUCACGGAUGUCCUGCACGAGCUGUCAGUGCGCGCGCUUCGUGACCAGCUAUACCCUGAUGUAAAGCUCUCUCAGAAUAUGGCGCUGGCCCUGGCUCCAUUUACAGGUGCCCCAUUUCCACCAGACCACGGAGAACACACCCGACCCUGCCUCCAUCAUCAUCAUCAUCAUCAUCAUCAUCAUCAUCACCGUCUUCAUCAAACCGCUGCAGUGCUGAGGCUUGCGUAACGCAGAGAGGGGUCACCAUGCUGUCAGGGUCCUGGCGACGCUCCAUCAGCCACCAGCCGGCGGGCGCGGUGGUGGCCGACCGGGGCGUGGCCGUGUGCGGCGUGCCCAGCGGCGCGGUGGUGCUGGAGGCCCAGUACGACUACAACUACCGCAGCGCCGACGGACGGCAGGUCUGCAUUCGGGAGGGCGAGCGCUUCAUCCUGCUGAAGAAGACCAACGCCGACUGGUGGCAGGUGAGGAGGAUCGGUGCCGCCAGCAAGGCCAAGCCUCUGUACGUUCCCGCCACCUACGUGACGGAGGUGCCCAUCGCCCCGAUGCCCUCGCCGCAGCGGCUGUUCAUGACCACCUCCCUGAGCACCGAGCUCAGCAGCCACCCCAGGGUGUCCCUUACCCAGAGCCCCACGCAGGCACAGUACAGCGACAAGUACCAAGUGAACAAACCCUUCUGCCGCUCCAUGGAGAACCUCAACUCCAGCGGUGCCUUCAAAGGCUCGGAGCGCUCUGCCGGCCAGGCCGCCCCUCGCUUCCCCACGCUCCCGCUCUCCGGCUCCGGCCCCCACGGCUCUGCGUCGCCGGGCUGCCUCCGGGUGCCGGGCGGCGGGCCCCGGGGCUCCGCGAGCCAGCCGCCCCUCCCCAGGGUGACUCCCACCAUCACCCGGAGCCAGAGCUCCAGCAACCUGCCCGAGAACCCGUACGACGAGGUGGGCAGGGGCUUUGGUUUCCACGGCAGCCCCCGGGUCCCCAAGAAGUCGUGCAGCCAGUGGGACAUGGCCGAGCUGUCCCGCAGUAACAACCACCUGCAGGUCCCGACAGAGUCCUACGUCCCUCAGCUGUCCUGGCAGAACUCCCCUCUGUACAGCGACACACUGACCCCCUCAGCGUCCCCGUCUAAGGCCGAGCCCCCCAGCCCGCCGCCCGGUGAGCAGCCCCUGCAGGUGCUGGACCUGUGGGAGCAGUACCUGGACUUAGCCAGCGGGAGAAGCUACUAUGUCAACAGCAUCACUAAGGAGAGGUCCUGGAAGCCACCGCGGAGAGCCCGCACAGGGAGCACCAACCAGCUAAAUCAUCCACAGCCCCAGAUAUCACCCAGGCACACCAGCCAUCUGUCCCUACCGCUCUCUGGUACCACCAAUGGCACUGUGCACAAGCUGUCUCCGGAUCUGUUCUACAGGAGCCACCAGAGGAGCGCUCACGGAGCUGUGCACAGGAAACAGGUGAAUAUCUAUAGCAUGCAGCGUGCCGUGUCCUCUGAUGUGCUGACCAUGUCGACGUUCGGCAAGGGCGACGCCCUCAGCACUGACUCCUCCCCCAUGCACCUGCCCCACUCCCAGUCGCUCCAAGAGAACGGCCAGCUAGCCACAGGAAGCAUCCAGCUGUCCCUGCAGAGCAGAGGUUACUCCUACAACGUGACCAACAUCAUAGUAGAGCCCCCCUCGCCCGACAGCUCGCCAGAUAGCGACAGCAGCAAGCCCGAGCUGGAGAAGGCUGGUCUACUAAACAAGACCAAGAUUUCAGAAGGAGGCAGGAAGCUGAGGAAAAACUGGAACCAGUCAUGGGUGGUGUUGGUGGGGAACAGUCUGGUUUUCUUCAAGGACCCUAAAUCCCAGACUCCCUCCAGCUGGAAACCAGGGAACAGCCGUCCCGAGAGCAGCGUGGACCUGAGAGGCGCACAGCUUGAAUUUGCUGACUGUCUGUCUAGCAAAAAGAACGUCUUCAAGCUGAGAACCGUGACAGGAAACGAGUUCCUUCUGCAAUCGGAGACGGACUCUCUUGUCAGAGAGUGGUACAACACCAUCCAGGGUGUCAUUGAUAGGCUGGAGCGGGAAAACCCUCUGGACAACGUGCUCCUGUACUCCCAGAGACGGGCGGGCAGCCUAGAGAUGCUGGAUCGGAUCGGAGAGGAUGAUGACAGGACCAGGACCUCCGUGCCCCGCUCGGCGUCCAACCUGGAGAACACGGAGCGGAAGCGUGUGAGGAGCCGCCUGAAGAAGCUGAUCCUGAAGAGACCCCCUCUGCAGGCGCUCCAGGAGAAGGGCCUAAUAAAAGACCAGGUGUUUGGCUGCAGAUUGGAGAUGCUGUGUGAGCGCGAGCGCAGCGCCGUGCCUCGCUUCGUCAGGCUGUGCACCGAGGCGGUCGAGAGAAGAGGCCUGCAGACUGACGGUAUCUACAGGGUGUCUGGCAAUUUGGCCGUCAUUCAGAAACUUCGCUUCAUGGUGAACCACGAGCGAGCGGUGACCACAGACGGCCGCUACAUGUUCCCAGAGGAGUUGAUUCGAGAGGAGAAGCUGAACUUGGACCAGAGCGAGUGGGAGGACAUUCACGUCAUCACGGGCGCUUUGAAACUCUUCUUCCGCGAGCUCCCCGAGCCGCUGGUCCCCUACGGCUUCUACACGGACAUCAUCGAGACCGUCAAGAUGUCUGACUACUCCGACAAAGUGGACCGUCUCAAGUGUCUGGUGCUCAACAUCCCGCCUCCCAGCCAUGACACGCUGCACUUCAUCUUCAGCCAUCUCCAACGAGUGCUUGAGCAGUCGGACGCCAACCGGAUGACCACCCAGAACGUGGCCAUCGUGUUCGGGCCCACCCUGAUGCGGCCGGAGCGCGACACGGGCCUCAUGGCCGUCAACAUGGUCUACCAGAACCAGGCUGUGGAGCUCAUGCUCACCGAGUUCCACCACAUCUUCAGGGCCGCACCGCCUCUCUCGUGACCUUUCACCUUCCAAGAACAGCCCGGUCCGCUGAAAGGAGCCGCGGGCGCGCACGCAAGCCGCCAAUACGCAUAUGAAUCGGGACAGAGAAUGAAGCGGCCUGCGUUAGCGACUCUCUCCCGGACAAAGCAAAGCGGGUUUCACUUUAAAUGUUAAUCGUGGAGUCGGAGGGGGGAGCAGCAACACGGGCAGCGUGUUAAUCAGGCUGUUUGGGUCUAUAUAAGUCCUCUCUAUAACAGCAAUAGGUUUAAUAGCCCGGCUUCAACUCACAGCAACGGUGGCUUCUGCUUGUGCCUGUCAUUCAGACAGGGGUCUUCUCCUGGGUUCACUCGUACUCCGUGGCAAAUCUCUAUUUCGGUUUGUUGGUAUUCUUAUUGCGUUGGACAGGGCAGAGGCCAGUCUGCUAUAACUGUGGGUCCAUCAGGUGGGUUUUAUAUAAGAUGAAAGAUGAUUCAGCAACCAUGUGGUCUGAAGACCAUAAAACGCUUUCACUGUGAAGAGUCCAGUGCUUCCUGCCAUAGGCGUCGGAUGUGUGUGUACAGUAGAGUGUGUAUGUGUGCACAAAUGUGUGUCAUUUCAGGGUAUUGUGUCACUUAUUAUGACAGGCGUACAAGUUUUGUUUGACUAUUCUGUCACUGAGAAAUUUGAUUCGGUGGUGAACCCUAAGAAACUAAUUGGGUGGCUGAGCAUAUCAUUUAGAAAAUGAAUCAAUCAAUCGCAGCCUUCUUGAACCCAUAUUAUUAUCCCUUUUCUAAGAAUACCUUUUUAAUCAUAUUUAAUUUUUAAAUAAUAACCAAGAGUGACAUUAAGUAUCAAACUAUUUUGAUCGGAUGAUUCUUCUCUGGAUUGGACAAUUCAAUCUUUGUAAAGAUGUCAAUGAGCUAUAUAAUACAAAAUAGGAACGUGAGUAGGAAUCGUUCCAAAAUGAAUAUGUUUGGAUAUUGAUGUGAUGACUAUGUCCACACUAUCUGUCCCUGCUAACCAAAUAAAUCCUCAGUAUGUA